CGCCGCUCGGUCGCCAUGAUGGCGGCGCAGGGGUUGACGCUGGCGGCGCCGCGGGGCUGGCUGUGGGGGGCGGCGGCGGUGGCGGCGGUGGGCGUCCUGCUCGGGGCCUGGCGCUGGGCCCGCGGGAGGAACGCGGGGCGCCGCCGCCGCCCGGGCCGGCUGCAGCGGGUGGGCACGGUGUCCAGCCUCUUCGUGUACCCCGUGAAGUCGUGCCAGGGGGUGGCGGUGCAGCGGGCGCGGGUGACGCCGAUGGGGCUGCAGAGCGGGGAGAUGCGGGACAGGUUUUGGCUCGUGGUCAAGGAGGACGGGCACAUGGUCACGGCUCGUCAGGAGCCGCGUCUCGUCCUCAUCUCUACCGGCUGCGAAAAUGGUUACCUGACCCUGAGCGCCCAAGGAAUGAAGAAGCUGUCUCUGCCCGUGAAGCUGCCCCGCAAAAACCCGGUGCAGAACUGCAGGGUGUUUGGAUUGGAUAUUCAAGGCAGGGACUGUGGCGAUGAAGUGGCUCAGUGGAUCACCACUUUCCUGAAUUCAGAGCCGUAUCGACUGGUGCACUUUGAGUCUUCCAUGGUGCCAAGGAAAUCAAAGGACAUAAUAAAUCUUUUCCGAACCACUGAUGAGGUUGCCUAUCCGGAUUGUAGCCCACUGCUGAUCAUCUCAGAAGCUUCCCUGGAAGACUUGAAUGCCAGAUUGGAGAAGAAAGUUAAGAUACAGAACUUCAGACCGAAUAUUUUUGUGUCAGAUUGCAGUGCUUUUGAGGAGGACAACUGGGACGACAUUCUUAUUGGUGAUGUGGAGAUGAAAGGGACAGUGUGCUGUGCAAGGUGUAUUUUAACAACUGUUGACCCAGACACUGGAGUCCUGGACAGGAAGGAGCCUCUGGAAACAUUGAAAAGUUACCGCCUAUGUGAUCCAUCGGAGCGACACAUAUACAAAUCCAGCCCUCUCUUUGGAAGAUACUUUGCUGUUGACAAAACUGGAACAAUUCAGGUUGGAGACCCUGUGUACAAGAUGAUCAAGUAAUGGCAAACACUUUUAUCAGAAGAUGACUUUUCACUUAGAUAUGUAAAUUGCUUAUCGGUAAACACGGUCACUGAUGCAAAUUCAUAUAUUUUUCUUAUUCUCUGCAAUGUUUUCAAUGCUAUGUUUCUUUCUAAGAUGCGGAGUGUCUCUGAAGCUAUGAACUGUCAAUCAUUUUAGAUCUUAUGAUCAAAUAGCAUGCGUGUAGCAACCAAGUCUUUAGUUUUCUUUAGGGUGUCAUAGAAGAAAGUCUAUGACAGGAUAAACUUCACAGCACUACUGUAUCACACCUCCUAAAGUUUUAUGUCAAGCCUAACAUCAGUAUUCAAACUCAUUUGCAAGGACUUUGCUUCAUGUAGUAGAUACCUUCAGUGCCUAUAAAGAAACACAAAAACAGUCAUGGCUAGUGUAAAAUACAGAUGAUCACAGAGCUGCCUUUACAAGUGAACAGGGAAUGCUGAUGGCAAGGCUGUGUCUUAAAUUCUACCCUUCUUUGCUCCUAAGAGUCAUUAUGUCUGGAGAUAAUUUCCUGCAGUCAUCUGCAGAAGACUGGUUCUAUCUUUUGAGAUUGGAGAUAUAUGAGAAAGAGAAGCUUUGUAAGCUGACUAAAUGCUAAUCUGUUCCAUAAGUAGGAACACUGUAAGGCUGUGGUCUUGUUUAGUUUAAGACCUCUGCUUGAAAGAGUUUGAAAGAUCUCUUUAUCAGCUAAGCUGUUAGACUAGGGGUGCAUUCGGAGUAGUUUGCUGCUUUUAUCAGUAGAAGUUCCAAUUAGACUAAAGGCAUUAGGUGUUCAUUAAAUCAGAGACUGGAUGCAUAUUGGACAGUAAAAACAGCUUUUGGAAGAGAUCCAAUUCUAAGCCAAUAUUGCUGGGCUGUGUUCAUGCUUUGCUCCUAUCUUGCUUAGUCAAUCUCUUACUGUAGAAAGUUAGGCUGCUUCAUCAGGAUUUAUACCAAAGGCAUCUGGGUAUGUAGAGACGUAAAGUUGUAUGCAUCAAAUGAAAAAAGAAAAAAAAUAGACUUCCAGUGCCGAAUAGCAGGUAAGCAAACAUCUAGGAAGCUGCAAUUCUAGGCUGAACAUAUUAACAUCCUUACCCAUUAUUCCUUUAGUUCUCUCCUCCCUGUUCUAAUCAAAUGUCAGGAAUUUGUAUGAAGCUGAUAAUUAUAUUAUCUAUUAUAUUUUUUACUACACAAAACCAAGAGGGGUGUGAUGCAGGGGGAAUAAGCUCUGGGUGGUAUCAGUAAUGUCUUUUUUUUGAAUUUAGCUUAAUCAUGAUAAUGAAAAAAUCCAAGUCAAAAGCCUGCCAUCUUUUGAACGCUUGGCUGCCUGAUGCUUUGUUAUAAAUUGCUAGAUCUAAAAAGACUGUUGAACUAGCCAAAAAGAGGAAUAAUUAAAUGUGAAGUCAUGAUUCAAUUUCACGUUUGGAUUCCUUGUAUUCUGCUGUGAAUACGAAAUUGGAAUUAUGCUGCAUGUUUGCAGCUCAGACCUGUAGGUUGAAGAACCCUUGUCCCUUCGAGUAAAUUAAAAUGAAUGUACCUGGCAAGCAUGAAGCAGGCAUAUGGGGAAGGUAGUUUUCUGUUAUUUGUGAGCUCAGAAUUGUUCCAAAUAGCCUUUAUUAGCAGAGCGCUGUGUAAGUACUUAAUUUUCCUGUGAUGGGCAAGUACUCAGAGAGGUCUACACAUUGUGUGUUAAUACAUUGUUAUGUGUAAUGCAACAACUAGCGGGAGGAAGUGAGGGAAGCAUCAUCUUCUUUUAAAAGCAAAACAGUCCUGAGGUUCACUUUAAAAUAAUGUUUGUUAAAAAUCCUGAAUAUUUAGAGGCUGAAGCAUAGUGGAAUUCCUGUUAGUGUACUAUUAAGCAAAGACAGUCUGCUGGCCUGCCUAAGCAAUUAGUUAAGUGUGUCUGUUUGUUAAGUCAAAGAAGUGGAAUGACCAGGAGGAAAUUUUGCCUCUAGCCAAGUGUACUUUUUUGUUAUUAUUUGAGCACCACUUUAGGAGUUACAUCACACAGUGAGUGGCAUAGAUUGCCUUUUGUCUUGUGCUGUCAUUGAUUGGACUAGUUUUCAAAUGAGAUAGUCUUCCCAGUGAGAAACUGCAUCUCUGUUCCUGUUAGGAAAAUUCCAUAGAUCUAAAACCCUAAUUUAUCCCUCUCAAAGCCCCAUAGAAGAAUUCGGUUAGAAUGCUAAACUGAGUAUGCUUUGAGUAUAACAGAUUUGACAAAUGAUGUUUAAAUCCAUUGUGUGGGGAGCUGAAGAGGGUAACUAAUGAACGUUAUAAUAUAAAUAUAUUCUUAGAAACGUUGAACUGCUGUAACUUUAGGAAUUGUAUUUGAAUUCACUAAAGCCGUUUAGGAAAUUGACUGCAAAACAUGUCACUCAAAAUACAAUAUUUUUGUAAUUGUGCACUUUAAGAUGUUAAUGUUUUUUCUAAUGGUAAAGAAAAAAGCUAAAGUACAAACUUCUAUUGAAUCCUAACUGUUGUAAGGAGUAAAAUUUGUUUAUUGUUUUUCUUUGUUUUCCUUUCUGACAUUUAACUUCUGCUGCUGUUUAGUGGACUUCGUAUGUAAUCAA